GUGAGGGGGAAUGGCAACAAGCAGAAGUGUUUGUGGUUAUGCCGAAGAUAUGAAAUUGCUGCAGUUAUCUCAAGAUAAAGUCGGGUUCCUGGGGCAGUCUAGCAGACAGUGUCUAUACAUGUUUCCGCACUUGUUUUAACAUGUUUCGAAGAACAGCCGACACCUGUAGUACGAGUAUGGAAGAGCUUCCUCUCAGAUUAAAUCACGAUGAGCGUGAUUUUGAAGUCGACGAAAGGGAAUACCUCUUACAGCCCUCUGAUACGGAUCUGGAUGGCAUCCGAUACAAACGCUGGGGAAGGCGUCAACGAUGGCACAUGUUUGGAUGCCUGAAGAGAUCAUUUUGUGGGUGCUGCCUUUGGGUCUGGGGAAGGUGUUGCAGGCCAAGGGAACUCAAGUCCCGUACCAUCACAGUGGGACACCCGAGCCGAGAGAAGUUCCCUGCCAACGUUAUUCGCAACCAGAAGUACAAUGUGCUCACCUUCUUACCUAUGGUUUUGUUCCAGCAAUUCAAAUUUUUCCUCAAUCUGUACUUUUUGGUCAUGGCAACAAGUCAAUUCAUUCCUGACAUCCGUAUCGGGUACCUGUACACAUACUGGGGACCUUUGGGGUUUGUGUUGACUGUCACUAUUUGCCGGGAAGCAAUUGAUGAUUUUCGACGACAUCAAAGAGAUAAGGAAGUCAACGGUCAGAAGUAUAGACGACUAGUUCAUGGUAAAGAAACUCCAGAAUUGGUUCCAUCUUCUAAACUUCGUGUGGGUGAUGUGGUAGUAGUUGAAAAGGAUCAAAGAGUACCAGCAGAUUUAGUGCUUAUUCGCACUACAGAGAAAUCAGGAGCCUGUUUUGUACGAACAGACCAACUAGAUGGCGAAACAGAUUGGAAAUUACGUCUUGCUGUUCCUGAUACCCAAAAAUUGGACAAUGACUAUCAGAUCUUUGAUAUUUGUGCCUCUCUUUUUGUUGAGAACCCCAAAAGAGAUAUUCAUAGUUUUGCAGGAACUUUUAGUAGGAGUGAUGGACAUGGUAGCUCGGAAAGUUUGGAUGUGGAAAAUACUCUGUGGGCAAACUGUGUUGUGGCCAGUGGUACAGCUCUUGGUGUUGUUGUCUACACUGGUUGUGAGACCAGGAGUGUUAUGAACAACUCUCAGCCACGCUCAAAAGUAGGCCUUCUAGAUAUGGAGAUCAACCAACUCACUAAAGUUUUAUUUGGCGCUGUUGUCGGCUUGGCAUUGGUCAUGAUGAUCCUGAAAGGCUGGAGUGGCCCUUGGUACCGCUACAUGUUCCGCUUUGUCCUCUUGUUUUCGUACAUUAUUCCGAUUAGUUUACGAGUCAAUCUUGACAUGGGGAAGGCAUUCUAUUCUUGGUCAAUUCAAAAAGACAAAGAAAUUGCUGGCACUGUUGUACGCUCUACAACUAUCCCAGAAGAAUUGGGCCGCAUUUCCUAUCUUUUAAGUGAUAAGACUGGCACACUCACUCAAAAUGAAAUGGUUUUCAAGAAAUUGCAUCUUGGCACCGUGUCUUUUGGAUCUGAAAGCUUUGGAGCUGUACUAUCACACUUAAAGGUAGCCUUUGCUCAGCAGUCUCAGAGUGGUUCAACUGAUCACCCUAGCAAACCCAUUGUUGCUGGGUCUGGCUCUACUCCUGCCCCAAUGAAAGUUCGUCGAUCGGAAGUAACUAGGGUCCUAGAGGCUGUUCGAGCAGUUGCUUUGUGCCAUAAUGUCACACCUGUUGAAGAUUCUUCCAGCACUACUGAGACACCUGGAAGUCCUGGAGGUGGUUCAAUGGAGUCUCAAACUGAAGCAGAUCAACAUUACUUACAAGAGCAGCAGACGAAGAGUGUUGUUUAUCAAGCUGCCAGUCCUGAUGAGGUGGCUCUUGUGAAGUGGACUGAGGAGGUUGGACUGGCUUUGGUGAAAAGGGACCUUGUUUCAAUGACACUUCGCACUCCCACUGGUGACCUUCUAGACUACACUAUUCUUCAAGUAUUUCCAUUUACCUCUGAAUCAAAGCGAAUGGGAAUAAUUGUUCGGGAGGAAAAGACUGGUCAACUUGUGUUUUACUUGAAAGGUGCUGAUGUUGUGAUGGCAUCUAUUGUUCAGUACAAUGACUGGCUGGAAGAGGAGUGUGGGAAUAUGGCUAGGGAAGGUUUACGAACACUUGUUGUUGCCAAGAAAGUUUUGACCGAGGAGCAGUACAUCGACUUCGAGACACGUUACAAUGCUGCAAGAAUGUCAAUUUCUGACAGAGUUACACGAGUAGCAGCAGCCAUUGAAAGCUUGGAGCAAGGCUUGGAACUUCUCUGUGUUACAGGUGUUGAAGACAGGUUACAAGACAACGUUCGCAAUACGCUAGAAACUCUUCGUAAUGGUGGCAUAAAGAUUUGGAUGUUGACUGGUGAUAAACUAGAAACUGCAACUUGCAUUGCAAAAUCUUCAAGACUUGUGUCAAGAACUCAAUCAUUACACAUUUUUAAACCUGUGAGCACUAGAACAGAAGUGCACCAAGAAUUAAAUCAUUUUGGGAGAAGACAAGACUGUGCUCUCGUCAUCAGUGGUGAUGCUUUGGAGCUAUGCCUACAGUAUUAUCAAGAUGAGUUUUUGGAAUUAGCGUGUGGUUGCCCAGCAGUUGUCUGCUGUAGGUGUUCUCCAACACAAAAAGCAACUGUUGUCUCGUUAAUUCAACAGCACACUGGAAAAAGAGCAGCAGCAGUAGGCGAUGGUGGCAAUGAUGUUAGCAUGAUUCAGGCUGCUGAUGCAGGGAUUGGCAUCGCGGGGAGAGAAGGAAAACAAGCUUCACUUGCUGCAGAUUUCUCAAUAACCCAAUUCAGUCAUGUGGCACGCCUUUUACUUGUGCAUGGCAGAAGAAGUUACAAACGCUCUGCAUCAUUGUCUCAAUUUGUGAUUCAUCGUGGCCUCAUCAUCUCAACUAUGCAAGCCAUUUUCUCUGCUGUCUUCUACUUUUCAUCUGUGGCUCUUUAUCAAGGUUUCUUGAUGGUCGGGUAUGCGACACUCUACACAAUGUUCCCUGUGUUUUCACUUGUCCUUGAUAAGGAUGUCUCGGGAGAAAUAGCUUUGAAGUACCCAGAACUUUACAAAGAACUAAGUAAAGGGAGGUCACUUUCAUUCAAAACAUUUUAUAUGUGGGUGCUUAUUAGCAUUUAUCAAGGUGGUGUAAUAAUGUAUGGUGCAUUAGUUUUGUUUGAAGAUGAGUUCAUACAUAUUGUAGCCAUCAGUUUCACAGCUCUGAUUCUCACUGAGCUAAUCAUGGUUGCCCUCACCAUUAGGAGAUGGCAUAUAUUGAUGGCACUGGCAGAACUCCUGUCACUUGGCUUAUACAUUCUUACUUUAGUGAUUUUCAAGGACUACUUUGAUGCUGACUUUAUUAAGACUACAGACUUCUUGUGGAAGGUUCUUCUCAUCACCCUUGUGAGCUGUCUUCCAUUGUAUAUUUUGAAAUUCCUCCGCAAAAAGUUUUCACCUCCUAGCUACUCUAAACUCUCAUAAUGGCUGUGUCCUCUACUUUACUAUGUUAUCUGCAGGCUUAUAAAUUGUUACUUUCUGCUGUUGUUUUGCAUUUAAUUUUUUUUUAUCCGUCUGACGUUCUCUUUGGUAUUUGCUCUUAGCUAUACUUUGGCUUAUUGUGUUAAUAAACAUUCAUGAAUGUACUUUGUUUUAAUAAGAGAAGACCAAGUUUUUGAAGUUCAAACAGUUUGAAUCUCAGUACACGAUCAGAUUCUAAUCGUCUUAAGAAAUAGACUUAGUAAUGUAUAAAGUGUGCUAAUGUUGCACUUAAUUAUUUGUUCAGUUGACCCGUAUUUGUAUUUGUACAUUUUUUUUCUGUGUAUGUAUAUUUGUAAGUGUUAAUGUGAUACUGUGUACAUGUAUUUUAUUUGGGAGAAAAAAAAAAUUCGUUACUAACUGUUGUGAUACAUUUGUUCUGUUUAAUUAUUUGUUAUGCAAUGAACAAAGAGGAAAUAAUGUUCGGUUCAAACAUUUU